AUGGCCACUGGGAUUGAGGCUGAGCCCUCGUACGCGCAGGUCAUGAGUGUGUACAAGCGCAGGACAUUUGCGUUGUGCGGUGUUUCAUCCGUGUACACUGGUCGGCUGCUGUCGUGGGUCGAGCGACUGGCUCUGCUUGUGGAUCAAGGCCAGUUAAUUGAUGCCAUUACACUGGCAACUGGGCUGUACCGCGGCCACACGGGCCAGGUCGUCAUUGGUCUCCCAAGGUCACAGCGCGAUGGAGACGCACAUGAGAAGAAGAGGCAAACUAUGGUCGGCGGCAAGCUGGUUGAGCUCAUGCGAGGCUCGCUCGGGCUGAUGUUUGGUGGCAGUGAUAACGAAUUAGAACCCGGAUCAUAUCAGCGCCAGCACGAGCACUGGAAACGCAGUGAUUCUGAAAUCAGUGCCCUUAUUUCAGUCUGCGUCGAGGCUUGCUUGGAAACAGAAAACACGGCGCUCCUAUUUGGCGACAUCUUCGAGCGCUACUCAGCCAGCAGCAAGCCUUUCAUCAUCAGCGGGCAAAUUCAGCGCCUACCGCCGCAGAUCCUCAACGCCAUGGUCGACAGAUACGGAGGCACGCCUCAGCUGGUGCGGAGGCUGGGUGAGAUUCUGUCCAGCUUGCAUCUCAAUCAGGGUGACUUUGACAUUGACAGAGUUUUGAGCAGCUGCCGCCGGCAUGGGCUCUGGAGGACAUUUGCCCGGGUCUGGCUAGGCAUGGGCGAUCCGAUUGCGCCGGUGCACUGCAUGAUUGACGCCGCGACAAAGUCCGGUAAGGACACUGAGAGCACGCACGAGGCCAGCUGGGCGAGCUUCAAGGAUGUCAGAGACAGCGACGAAGCGCCAGACACCGUCGUAUUCGACUACAUGGACAUGGUCAUCCGCGGGCGCUUCUACCCUGGCGGACAGCCGAUUAAGCCCCAGGGCCGCGCCGAAAAGUACAGCACGCUGAUUACUGAGCUUGUUUUCCCGCCUGUCGACACCAGCCGGGCUCCAGAAAACAUCAGGAAGAGCUACCGCACGCUGCUGGCCUUGCUCGAUCUGGACGCCGAGCGCCUUCUGUAUACGCUCAAGCGCGUUUUGAGCGACCCGUUUAUCGACUUCAUCAACCUCAUCAUCAAGCCUGCUGAUACCGGAAAGGCUGCCCAGUACAGCGACCGCUCGCUGCGGCGUGCAAGCCAGGUCAAGUCUUUCCCUCAAAUUGUCGUUGACACGCUGUUUGUUCUGACCACGGCCUCUGGCACGAGCAACUCGGCGACACUGCUUACCAAGCGCCAGAUCGGCCUUUUAUCCAGCUUCGCGCUGACACUGUAUGCGACGCGGUUCCCGCUGAUCUUCCUUAGAGACGACAGGGUCACCGAAUGGACAGACGUUUUGCUGCGGCUGGAUGACACAUCCACGUUGUCAGAACGCGAGUACGCGUUUGAGCUCUUGUUCAAGCUCAAUCCACCGCAAUCCUACGCCGACUGCAUCGGCCGCGUCCGCCAGGCUGGGUUUUUCCGCGUGCUCGAGCACAUCUACUGCGCUGUCGAGCAGUACGGCAUGGCACUGCAGACGUACCUGGACCACCCAGACUAUGCAUACCACCGUGCAGUGUUUGCAGCCAUCAGGGAGCUUGCAGCGAGCAAGGGCGACAUGGCGCUUGCGGAUAUCACCGAGUUUGUGCGCAGCCGGGCUGUGGAGCUAGUCGACACUGAUGCAAAGAAAUUUGUUGACACGGUCGAGUCUGUAGGCUUUCUCGAGCAUGCGACAAUAUUUGAUGCGCUGGGCAACCAUCCGCAGGCGCAGUUUGCCUACCUGCGUGCACUUUUAGACCCGACACCCAACUCACUGUCGAGAAGCCCCGAGUGCCUGUGCAUGCUGCCUGCAAGCGCGGUUUCCGACGAGCGCGCACCGCCCAACAUCGUCGCUGGUGCCCGACAGCUCCAUAAGACAAACAAGUACCCGCAGCAGUACCACGAGCAGUACCUGGAGCUGAUGUGCCAGUUCAAUCCGGGAAGCGUGCUGCAGUACUUGAAGCAGCAUGUUGACCUGAGCCCCGAACCAUUCCGGCUGUCGUAUGUGCAGGCGGUCUGCGACAAGCACGGUGUGAGCGACGGGCUGGUGUGGGCACUCGUUCGUCUCGGCGACUUUUCGGGCGCGCUUGACACACUGCUGGCCCAGACUGACCAGGAAGUCGAGAGCGUCAAGGCAGCCGUGCCCGUCGGCGAUGCUGCGAAUGGCGAAUUGGGGAUCGCCGCCGAGACGCGCGAGGCGUGGCUGCUGGUGUCCAAGCGACAGCGGUGGAUGCUGCAUAGCGCAUUGGAUGUGCUCAUAUCCGCGGCGUCGCCGGCAUCGUCUCUGAUCUCGCUGAGACACAUUAUUCAGCAGCUGCUUGCGUCGGGCACGGUCGCGCCGGCGGAAAGCGCACCGCCGGGGAGUGUUCGGUCCCUAGACAUUGCCGAGAUUCAGCACCUGCUCGCGGUUGCUGUCAGCGCAUACAAGACCGAAGCGCAGCUGAUGGUGCUGACCAAUGUUCUGGUGGAUCAUGACCUUUUCACGACGCUUGGGCAGCUCGUGCGGUCGCAGAAGCAGGGCUGGUUUGUUCCGUCAGACACUACUAGCACCAGCGCCGAUACCGGCAGCGCACUGGCGAAGUGCGACGUUGGCAGCCUGUAUUGUGGCAAGUGCAGCGACCAGCUGUUUGUGGAUCGCCGCCAGGACCGUGCAAUGGCAGACCGGCGCAAGCAAAUGGUACAAUAUUUGGGUCCUCGUGCCACUCGCUGCUGCCUCUUGGCACCUUAA